AAAAUCCCGGCUUAGAGAUAACGAACCCUAAAUUAUUUUAUUAAACCGUCUCCAGUGCGUAGUUUCACUGUAUUCUGUUACUCCCGAGAUGAUUGGUUCAAUUGGAGCUGCUGCGGCAGCAAUUUGUAUAAUUAUAUGCACUGCUGCUCUCCAAGUGGAAUCAGGCGGGGCUGAGGUCAAGUUCAAGUACGAAAUCAAGGAGUUUCAAGUGCCGCUGGACCAUUUCAGCUUUCUGAGCAAUGCCACCUUCAACAUUCGGUAUCUGUACAACGAUUCCUUUGUGGACAAGAAGAAUGCGCACACACCGAUCUUCUUUUACACUGGCAACGAGGGCGACAUCGAGCUGUUUGCGCAGAAUACGGGCUUCAUGUGGGAGCUGGCCGAGAAACAGAGGGCACUGCUGAUUUUUGCGGAGCAUCGCUAUUAUGGAAAAUCACUGCCAUUCGGUGCCUCAACGUUCAACGCCAGCAUGCCGGAUCACUUGGCCUACUUUACGGUGGAGCAGACGCUGGAAGAUUACGCAAUGUUGAUCACGUUCCUACGCAACGAUCUCCCAUUGCCGGUGGUGGCCUUUGGAGGCUCCUACGGCGGCAUGCUGGCUGCCUGGUUCCGCAUGAAGUAUCCGCACCUUGUUGCCGGAGCAUUAGCUGCGUCGGCACCUAUUCUCCAGUUUCCUGGCAUAACCGACUGUGAUAUAUUCUACAGAAUAGUCACAUCGGUGUUCCAGAAUGCCUACAAUUCCAAUUGUACAACCAACAUUGGCCGUUCUUGGAAGACCUUUGAGACACUGGGUGGAACCGAGGCAGGCAAAAAACAAAUCUCCGAUGCUUUCCACCUGUGCAAUCCCAUCAAGAACGAUGCAGACCUGAAGAAAUUCCUGGACUACAUAGAGGAGGUCUACGGAAAUCUGGCCAUGGUCAACUAUCCGUACAACAGCAGUUUCCUGGCUCCGCUACCGGCCUACCCAGUGCGACAGGUCUGCUUUUAUCUCAAGGACCUACACCAGAACGAUGCAGAUCUGCUGCAUGCCAUGGCCAGUGCCCUGGCUGUCUACACAAACUACACAAAUUCUGCAAAGUGCCUGGACAUCUCUGUCAACUCGAAUGCCGACGAAUCCGGCUGGAAUGUGCAGACCUGCAACCAGAUGGUCAUGCCAUUCUGCUCCAACGGCACCGACACCAUGUUCCGUCCCUCGAACUGGAACUUUAAGGAAUUCUCCGACAAAUGCUACAAGGAUUACCGUCUAACACCCAAGCCAUACGACAUAAUCCUACGUUAUGGUGGCAGGAAUAUUGAGACGGCCACCAAUAUCAUAUUUAGCAAUGGCCUGUUGGACCCAUGGAGUGGAGGCGGUGUUUUGCAGGCCCCCAAUAAUAAGGUGGAUAUUAUUAUUUUGCCAGAGGGCGCCCAUCACUUGGACUUGCGGCACAGCGACCCUGCUGAUCCGCCAUCGGUGCGCGAUGCACGCAAUAAGGAAGCUGCUAUAAUUGCACGAUGGAUUCAAGAGUUCUAGUACUGAAUCGCGGCACUCUUUUAGAGUUUAGCCCUCUUCGAACAAACAAUUCAAAGCCAUUAUAAUCAAACAUUUAAAAAUAUGUAUCUUAAUAUGGAUUUUAUAAAUAAAUAUUACAUUAUUUUAAAAUUCGUUUGUAAUCUCAUUUGCGAACUUUAUGAACUUGAACUCGAUCUGACAUCUGUGUGUGAUGCUUACGAUAAGGAAUCACCUAUCAGGAACUUACAAGAUUACCUUUCAUUCAGAUUUCCUCCUAUAUUGAAUAGGUCGUAUAGGCCCAAUGGAUUUAUUUUAAAAUCAUUUCGAAAUCUUCCUCCCUCCCCAUAGGGAAAAUUCUACAGCAUUGAUUUAUUUUUUUUAUUUUUUUCUUUAAUAAUCAUAAUGCAUAUAAAGGUACAGUUGUUCACAAGAAAGGAAAUCUUAAAAUGCUACAUAAAUUAUAUAAAUUUGAUAACGUUUCAUUUGUAACCAGAUAGAAGCAGCGAAAUACGCAAAUUUAACAUUUUUAAUCAACUUAAUUAAAUACAUAAUAAAUCGCAUAUGUCUAAUAAAUAAAUGUAUGUAUUUUCUCAAUAAUUGCUCAAGCGUUAAAUAAUAAAAAAAAUAUAUGUUUAAUAAACAAGUUGAUACAUAAGUAUAAGGCAAAUAGAAUAAGGUGUUUAUCAAAAAAUAUUAACAA